CUGAAUUAAUUUUCCUAAAAGCCAGGAGUGGGAUAGACACAUCGUGUUUGCCGCCCCAGCAGCAGGAGCAGCAAGCGGCAGCAGCAGGCGGCGACGCGGCGGCGGCUCCCCGAGCUGGAUUUAAAGCCGGACUGUGCUGCCUUUGCUGUCGUGAAGGACCAGCAGGAGGACACAUAAAGGGUGGAAACCUGAGUACAGCGGUGAUGCGAGCUCACUCCGAGAGGAUUUCACUGGUGUUCUGCCAGAAGCAUCUGGAAAGGAUAACACAGGGAUACACUCCCCCUCCAGAGGACCAGAGGGUAAUUCACAUCUCAGACAUUUCAGUGUUUCAGCUCUGAGUGUCUUUCAGCUAAAACCCUAAUGUGAAGUUGGUUUAAUCACACUGACACGUAAAACCUCCGCCUGCUCUGAGCAGCACAGUUUAGGUUCAUAAGAUUCCCUCUUGGCACCAGUGGUUUGGACAUGUUGGACAACUGGUGCACCCAGUAAGUGAUUAAAGGACAAGCAUCCUCACCACACACCAGUACAGAUUAGUAAUCCUGCAAGGUUACCUCGUAGCUAUGCAGUGAAGAUGUGUGCAGCCAGGUUCAGUGGCUGCCUCAAUGGCUGUGCCGAUGAGGCCGCUGGUGGAGCCGCGGGGGCUGCUGGUCCGGUCACGGCCUCCAGGAUGCUGGACUGGACAGAGGCCGGUCCCCGCAUUCUCCACAGCCUGGAGAUGGGGACGGUGAUGACCAUCUUCUACCAGAAGAAGUCCCAGAGGCCCGAGAGGAGAACCUUCCAGAUAAGGCAGGACACGCGGCAGAUAGUGUGGAGCAGAAACCCUGACAAAAUUGAAGGAGAGGUUGACAUACGAGAGAUCCGGGAGCUGCGGUUGGGGAAGGGCUCCCGUGAUUUUGAGCGCUACCCGGAGGAGGCCCGUAAACUGGACUCCGCCCACUGCUUCAUCGUACUCUAUGGCCUGGAGUUUCGCCUCCGGACGCUCAGUGUUGCUGCCUUCAGCGAGGAGGAGGUCAACAUGUGGAUCACUGGUCUCAACUGGCUGAUGAUUGACACUCAGAGAGCGCCUGCACCACAACAGAUAGACAGGUGGCUGAGGAAACAGUUUGAGGUCAUGGACAGGAACCACGAGGGCAGCAUCACAGUGAAGGAUGUAAAAGCUCUGCUGCCUCAGGUCAACUACAGAGUCCCCAACAUGCGCUUUCUUAAAGACAAGCUGCAGGAGGUGGAGGCCAGGAGCGACCUGUCCUACCCCAAUUUCUCACAGCUCUACAGAACGCUGAUGUUUGACGCACAGAAGAGCAUUAUUGAGCAGCUGGAGCUCUCCUUCCCUUUGCGGAAUGUUGACAGACCAGAGCUUUGUCAGAUCUCCCUCUACGACUUCCAGAAGUUUUUACAGAUGGACCAGAAGGAGUCCUGGGCGUCAGAUCUGAGUCGUGUCAGAGAGUUCCUUACAGGGUACAUGAGGGGCGGACCGCAGUCUGAACCCAUGCUACAACUUGAUGAGUUCCUGACGUUCCUGUUCUCCAAAGAGAACUCUGUAUGUGACCCUCGACUCUCGCCUGUUGUUGCUGAUGACAUGAAAAGGCCGCUGUCUCAGUACUGGAUCUCCUCUUCACACAACACCUACCUGACAGGUGACCAGUUUUCCAGUGAAUCAUCUCUAGAAGCCUACGCCCGCUGCCUCAGGAUGGGCUGCCGCUGCAUUGAACUGGACUGCUGGGACGGACCUGACGACCUGCCCAUCAUCUACCACGGUCACACGUUAACCUCCAAGAUCAAAUUCCUGGAUGUGCUGCACACCAUCAAAGAACAUGCCUUCGUCACAUCAGAGUAUCCUGUGAUCUUGUCCAUUGAGGACCACUGCAGUGUGGUCCAACAGAGGAACAUGGCCACUCACUUUAAGAAGGUGUUUGGAGAUCUGCUGCUCACCAAGCCAGUCGAUAACAGCGCAGAGGAGCUUCCCUCACCGUACCAGCUCCGCAGGAAGAUCCUCAUCAAGCACAAGAAACUGGUGGAAGGCACGCUUUAUGAGGAGGUGACAUCAGCCAGCUACUCUGAGAAUGACAUCAGCAACUCUCUGAAGAAUGGCAUCCUUUACCUGGAGGAUCCCAUCGACCAUACGUGGACUCCACACUAUUUUGUCCUGACCAGUAACAAGAUUUACUACUCAGAGGAAACGUCUCACUACCAGACAGCUGAUGAAGAGGAGGACGAUGAAGGAAAAGAUGAGUGUAACAACAAUGAUCAGCACUGUGCAGAGCGCUGGUUCCACGGGAAGUUGGGUGGAGGGCGUGACGGCCGACAGGUGGCUGAGAAGCUCCUACAGGAGUACUGCGAGGGCGGAGCCAAAGACGGCACCUUCCUGGUUCGGGAGAGUGAGACGUUUGUGGGAGACUACACCCUCUCCUUCUGGCGCUCUGGUCGGGUCCAACACUGCAGGAUCCAUUCACGUCAGGAGUCCGGCUCCACCCGCUUCUACCUGACUGACAACCUGGUGUUUGACAGUCUCUACCGCCUCAUCUGCCACUACAGAGACACGCCUCUGCGCUGCAACGAGUUUGAGAUGAGGCUGGGCAACCCUGUGCCUCAGCCCAACGCACACGAGAGCAGAGAGUGGUACCACUCCAGUCUGUCUCGUGUUCAGGCUGAACACAUGCUGAUGCGUGUCCCCAGAGACGGAGCGUUCCUGGUGCGAAAACGCAGCGAACACAACUCGUAUGCCAUCUCCUUCAGAGCGGAGGGGAAGAUCAAACACUGUCGCAUCCAUCAAGAAGGCCGUCUCUUCAUGUUGGGCAGUUCAGCAGAGUUUGAGAGUCUGGUGGACCUUGUGAGCCACUAUGAGAAACAUCCUCUGUACCGCAAGAUGAGGCUCCGCUACCCCAUCAACGAGGACACAUUGGACCGCAUGGGCACCACAGAGCUCGACUACGGUGCGCUAUAUGAGGUCCGCACUCCUCACUUCUACGUGGAGGCCAAUAAGAUGCCCACAGCACGGUGUACGGUCAAAGCUCUGUAUGACUAUCGAGCUCAGAGGGAAGACGAGCUCUGUUUCCCAAAACAGGCGCUCAUCCUCAAUGUGGAUAAGCAGGAGGGCGGCUGGUGGCGAGGUGACUACGGAGGAAAGAAGCAGCUGUGGUUUCCUGCAAACUACGUGGAGGAGGUUCCCAGUUCUCCCACCAGAGAGCUGGACGAAGCAUCUACAGAGAACAGUCCACUGGGAACAUUCCUCAAGGGCUUCAUCGAUGUACCCACCUGUCAUGUCGUGGUGCACAAGGAUGGGAAGAAUUCGCGGCCCUACGUGUUCACGAUCCACUCCCAGCAGCUGACGUCUCACCCGGUUCAGACCCUGGAUGUGGCAGCCGACAGUCUGGAGGAUGUGACCAGCUGGGUCAGCAAGAUCAGAGAGGCCACACAGAACGCUGACGCACGGAUGCAGGAGGAGAAGCAAAUGGAGAGGAGGAAGAAGAUCGCAGUGGAGCUGUCUGAGCUUGUGGUCUACUGCAGACCUGUCCCCUUCAACGAGGACAAGAUCGGGACAGAGAGGGCGUGUUACCGGGACAUGUCGUCAUUUCCAGAGACAAAGGCAGAGAAGUUUGCAACGCGCAGCAAAGGGAAACGCUUCCUGCAGUACAACCGUCGUCAGCUUUCCAGAGUUUAUCCACGAGGACAGAGGCUGGACUCGUCCAACUACGACCCGCUGCCCAUGUGGCACUGUGGCUCCCAGCUGGUCGCACUCAAUUUCCAGACUCCAGAUAAACCCAUGCAGCUGAACCAGGCCUUGUUCAUGCUCGGAGGUGGCAGCGGCUUUGUACCCCAGCCUGAUGUCAUGAGGGACGACGCCUUUGACCCUUUCGACAAGGACACCCUACACGUGGAGCCAAUCACCAUCCAGUUACAGGUGCUGGGAGCCCGUCAUCUGCCUAAGAAUGGCCGCAGCAUUGUCUGUCCCUUUGUGGAGGUGGAGAUCUGUGGAGCUGAUUAUGACAGCUACAAGUGCAAAACAGAUGUUGUAGCUGAUAACGGUCUGAAUCCUGUGUGGGUGCAGAAGCAGUUUGUGUUUGACAUCCACAACCCUACCUUCUCAUUUUUACGCUUCACUGUCUACGAGGAGGACAUGUUCAGUGAUCCUAACUUCCUGGCGCAGGCGACCUUCCCUGUCCGUCUGCUACGAACAGGCUACAGGAGUGUCACUCUGAGGAACAGCUACAGUGAAGAGCUGGAGCUGGCAUCACUUCUGGUCCAUAUAGAGAUUGUCAAUGCAAAGGAGGAAGACGAUGAAAACCUAUACAUGUCCAUCCAGCGGCUGCGGGAUCGAACCAGCGAGCUGUCCAGCCAGGUUUCCCUCCUGGAGAGGUCGGGCUCGGGGGAUCUCAGCUACCAGCAGAGUCUGGAGGAACUCAGAGCGGCUCAGGACCAGCUGAGUGAGCUGGUGGAGGCGCGAAACCGCAGGCUGAUGGAGAAGAAGAGGAGGGAGAAGCUGAGGCAGCAGGUGGCAGCGAAGCGCAGCUAAUCCUCCCGUCCAUCAGAGAGCGCUACACUCACACAAACGGUGCCUGACACUUGCUGCCACCAGAGCUGUGCAGCAUCAGCCUGAGGAGACAACAGGCUCUCUGCGGUGGCAACAUGCAAUCCAUUUAUAACUGGAAAUAGAAACAUGUUCUGUCAAGAUAAACAUGUGAGACGUUAAAGCACCGAGCUGAACAGCAGAGCAAAAAGUGACAAACAGAAGCAUCUCAUGGACUAAAAGUAAAACCUCACAAAACUAAGCUAUAAAAACAAUCAUGGACUCAUGACUGAAACACAUUAAGAGUAAACUGGAGAUGAGUUCCUUCUGAUGAUUUCAGGAAAACAAUGUAGACAGACAGGGGAAGAGUCAAGGGGCAGAUUUCUUUUUUUAAGAUAUGUUUUUGGGCAUUUCUGCCUUUAAUGGAUAGGACAGCCAAGCGUGAAAGGGGGAGAGAGAGAGAGGGGGAUGACAUGCAGCAAAGGGCCAUAGGCUGGACUCAAACCCGGGCC